AUGGAAGUCACGCACGUACGUGGUGCGGUGGACGAGUACGAAGAGACGCUCAAGUGGCAAGCUCGAGCGCUUGCGAAGCAGAAGAGACAGAAGGGCAAGGUGCGCGUGCGAAACGGGGGCGACUGGGAGUGCGUGGUGUGCGGCGCCCCUCACGGGCACCGCGAACACUUGUGCGGCAACUGCGGCGCUACCCGGAGAACGGUGGAGGAGGCCAAGCUGCUCCAGGUCCUCCCGCGGCGCCCUCGCCGGUUUGACACAGCCGUCGUGCGUGGCCUGAUAGCGCCGGCCGGCUGGGACGAGCUUCGGCUCCUGUGGGUUGGGGCCAGGGAACCACACAGCCCGCUGUCGAGGCUGCCCGCCGAGCUGCUUGAUAUGAUCGCGCGCUACGCGGCCUGGCGCCCACCGAGCUGGGCAGACUCGCGGCUUCGCUGGUUCAAGGCCCGUGCGAGGUCCGAUGGCGUGGUGCGGGUGCGGAUGACCGAUUCCUCCUCGUGCUGGGACUUCAUGGACUUCUACGGGCUCGACAUCGACUACACGCAUGCCACCAAGCGAUUUGCCGUCUUCGAGUGGCGGUUGCCCGACGGCAGCAAGCAGCGCAGGUUCACCUUCAUCGGUUUUUGGUCAGACGCGGUUUUCCUGGCCAAUGCUAGCCACCCGCACUGGCGGCACUGGUUCCAGACGCACAUGACCCCCCAGCACCCCCAAGCGACGUAG